AUGCCGAGUAUACUAUCGCAGCGCGAUAUAGGAUCUUCACUCGCUGGCGUCAAGGAUACCUUUUCAGGAUGGGACAGCUGCAUGAGCAAGGCAUAUUGCAAGUGGCCUGUGAUAAUAGGCAUAAUCAUAGGGUCCUUGAUCAUCCUAUCGCUCGUAUGGUGUUGCGCAAGGUGCAUAUGCUGCGGUGCUGAAUGCUGUUGUGGCUGUCUUGCGUGCUGCAAUGUAUGCUGCCCCUCACCUAGAGGCGGACGUUCAGGCAGGAACGAGGGCUACCAGCAAGCACCCCCUACACCCUAUCACAACCAAUACCACCAGCCUCCGCCGCCAAUGUAUACCAGUGGAGCGGCAGGCUACAGGAGCGCAACUGUACCGCAGACAGCGACGUUCGAUACGCCUUCGAAGAGCGCGAACUUUAACGAAGAUGCACUUCCUGCGAUGCCAAGUUGGGACAAUGCAACGAGUAGGAAAGUAGAACAACCUUAUGAGGAUGUCGAGAUGGAGAAGUUCGAUCAACGAGGGACAAGUCCGAAUCCAGGAUCACAGAUGCUAUACCAAAAUCCAGAGCCCGCAUAUGCUGGACAGCAGGACAAUCUACUGUCCAGGCAGGAGACCGGACGGUACUCUGACGGAAACAGCACACACCAUGUCGCAGCUUCGCACUCCGGAGGCAUUGGCACGAUGACUGCCGCAGCGCAGCCAUAUCAUGAUUACCAGCAGCAGCGGCAGCUCUCCCCCUCGCCAUAUGAGUCGCAGAGUCAGAAUCGUGGCCCGGCUUCCCCAUCGCCAUAUGGAUCCUAUGACCAAAGUCGUGGACUAACCUCACCUUCUGCGUACAGCUCGCAGAACGAGAUCCGAGGACCUGCUGCACCUUCUCCGUACUCGCCAGCAUUACGAACUCCAGUCUCGCCACAUGAGACCACUCACACUCCUCAUGCUGAUUCGAGCGCGAACUAUUUUGGGGGUGGGCAGCGAGGAGGUGGUGGCUACGAGGCAAGCAUUCCUCCGAGCUAUCACAUUGCGCCGCCUAGUGAUAUAGUCUCGCCUGUGAGUCCGCAAGCCAGCUACCCCGGACAACAACAAUAUCAGGCAUAUGGAGCCUCGAAUACUGGAAGGCAGGCCGCUCCAGGGUCAUGGAGGGAAGUUUAA